CCUCUCAAGGCGGGACUAUCCCCGCCAAAUCAUGAACAAGGUGGAUGAUCGAGUUAGGUCGCCAGGUACAUCACGAUGUCUAACCACCACCAUGUCGCUCUCAAUUUCACCAUCAAGCCCUGAAGAACCUGUCACGCUGGUGGAACUGACCAGCGUGCCAGGUGGCCAGAAUGCGAUGGCUCAUCUCAAAAAACGGAAGCUGGAAGCAGAAUCUGUCAGCCCAAAUCCUAAGCAACCACAGCAGCCACAACAACAGCAGCAUUAUCAGCAACAGCAACCGUUGAUCAACAAGAAGGGUGCACAAGUGACCAUUCAAGAAAUGGAGACAGCUGAUGCUGCUGCUAAACGAAGAAGGAAAAGCGUGCGUGACGAUGAAACACGUAAAUUACUGGACACAAACGACACAAGCAAGAACAUACCGUUGCCGCAGAAGAAACGAGCGUUCACUGCUGGCAACUCCGGUAGUCCGGCAAGAAAAUCUAGUAAACACUCGGAGGAACCUGAGGACGACGAGACUCUGAUCAGAGAAACCGAAGCAGCUUUGAAAAGUUUGUCCGGUAGUUGGCCCGGUCCUAGAGGUUCUCUUUAUCAGCGUGGAAAUUCGGACGAGGACAAAUACGAGUCGAAUUUCGAGAAUCUCUUCGAGGAGAAGAAAGACAACCCCAAACUGUCGCCUUCUUCCGUAUCCACUUCGUCUACCACCAGCAACGAGGCUGGUUGCUCCUUGAAAGAUGUGAUAUCCUACCGCGGUCAGCAAGACCGUAACAGCAGAUCCCAGCAACAAUUGAAACAAGACCUGGCCAAACAACAACAGCAUCCGAGCAAAGUGAAAAAAGAACUGGAUAACAUGUUGAAACAGGAGAACGAGUGCGGUAACAUUCAGAUCCAAGUGAACAAUCUGAACUCGAGCGAACCAGGUAAAAUCCGAGCAGUGCCAGUGAGAUCGUUGUCGUGUAAAGACAGGAACGACAGAAGCAUAGUCGGUGUUCACGUGGACGCUCAAGGUCGACAAACGGACAAAUACUCGAGAUACGAUCCACCGGACUUCAACGAACUUGUCGACGAUUCCUCGAACGAAUUAGAAAUCGACAUGUCCGAUCCGACCGGUGACAAAGACGACGUCGACAGGGACAAGAUGAACGACAGGGACAGAGAUCGAACGUGUCGAAACGGUCAAUCGCCGCAAAGCACGGCGAGGCAACAGCAACAACAGCACCAACAGCUGUACUCGAACUAUCACAGACAGUACAACGAGAACGGGAUGAAGGUCUCGCAGACCGUUACCACCACCUCCUCUUCUUCACCCCCGUCGAAUUCUCCGUUCUCCGCAACGUCGGCGUUCAGGCCACCCAACACGGACCACGCGAAAGCGACUGGCCGCGGUACACCAUCGGUGGCUGUGGCUCCUACAGCGAUCCCACCUAUCGGCCCUUACCCAGCGUCAGCAACGUUCGUCGGUUACCCCACCGCCGGGCCAGGACCGACGAUGCCUACGCCGCAACCUGUUACCGGAAUCUCGUCCACCUCGGAGGAGAAGCACGCUGCCUCGGUGUCGCUGUUGCAACUGAAAUCGUCCAAGGAGGAGACACAUCACGUGACGAGGCACGAGGUGCCGCCUAAUCCAGUGACAAGUGGCAAAAAUCCGAACGGUGGCGGAGGACUUCCGGCAGUGACCAGUCCCGACUCCUCGAAACAGUAUACGAUCCUUCAGCCGGCUGGUAUCGGCUCCAGGGCAGCUAGUGCGAUUCAGGACAUAGCCAGGGAGGGAGUGGUCAGUGUGACAGCUGUGAGCAGUUGUAACGCGGCCAACGGUAACACGGCGAACGCCAUCAGCAGCAACGGUAACGGUGGCAAUUGUAGCAACAACGUCGCGAGCAAAACGACGAACAGCAACGGUAGUGGUAACGCGAGCAAUACAACGAAUACGGCUAGCAACGGGAACAAUGUGACGAACAGUAUCGCUAUCACCACGGUCUCGACUAGUACAACCACGUCCAGUCCUACGAGUGUCGCCGACGCGUCGUCUGGAACUGGAACGGGUCAGCAAGAGAGCAACGUGAUGAAGAUGCCGGAAAGGCCUGGUACCUUCGACGGAAGCAGGCCAGGAAUGUCAAUGUCUCCGUCCAGUCUCAACAGAGAGGGCAACAAGUGCCCGACCCCAGGCUGCACGGGGCAGGGUCACGUGACCGGACUCUACUCUCACCACCGCAGCCUAUCCGGUUGUCCACGAAAGGAUAAACUAACGCCAGAGAUUCUGGCGAUGCAUGAGACUAUUUUGAAAUGCCCAACGCCUGGUUGCAACGGCCGUGGCCAUGUCAGCUCGAAUCGAAACACGCACAGAAGCUUGUCCGGAUGUCCCAUUGCCGCGGCCAAUAAGCAGGCCGCACGCGAGGCACGACACAAGGCUCAAGUGUCCGGUAUCCCGCCAGAAUACAUCAGUACGAACCUGUUGCCGCCGUCGAUGGAUAGCAAGAGUUACUCUCAGUACGGGUCCACGGCGCAGGACACGAAACCUGUGUUGAGCAGCCUGACCUACGACUAUUACACGACAACGAAGAGCACAGGGAUCAACGUGAAACCACCGAAAACUCCCGAGGAAAGUCCCUCGUCCCGUACGACCAAAGUCGUCCCUAAAACCGAGAACAUGACACCGAGCGGCAGUUGUUGCAACACAUUACCUACCAGAGGGCAGAACACGUCCGAUUUGUUGGUACCGAAGACAGAAGAGACCACUUCCUGUCGAGUCAAUUCACCACCACCGCCACCACCACCAACCGUACGACCUACCUACGACUCGUACAUGAAUCAAGACUCGAAUUCCUCGUCGAUGUCCUCGAUGGACGCCAUGGGAUCCAGGGGAUCCAUCGGCGCGACGAUACAUCAUCCCAGUCAACAUCCCACGCAUCACGUUCUGCCGAUGCAACCCACCGUAGCUUACCCGAUGCCGAUGGUGGAGGACACGAGGAUGAGUCAUCAGAUGUCUCAGAGAUCUCCCUACGAACCAUCGGCCAUGAUGGCCGCAGCGGCGGCAGCGGCUGCUGCGGCCACCACCAGCGAGGAACUUUAUCAUCACAGAUCGGCGGAACACGCGAGGGCCUACAUGCAUCCUGGCGCGAGCAAUAUCGCGCGACCUGUUGUCACCUAUUCGAACGAGAUCGCGAACGCGAGAGGUUACGAGAACGCGGUUGCCAGCGCGGCUAAUCAUCGACCUUACGACCCCGGCACCACGUCCGCUUACGAGAGAUACGACACUCAGAGCUGUGCGCCGAUUCAGUCGCAGCAGCAACAGCAGCAACAGCAGCAACAGCAGCAGCAGCAGCAGCAACUGCACUCGAGGACGAAUAUGUACUAUCUGGGACAGACUGGAAUGACUCCGGAGGAACAGGAACGUGUUUAUCAUCAGGAGGCCGCGGCUGCUGCGCAGCAACAUCAGAUGGCGAUGGCCGCUGCUACGGCUGCUGGAAUGAUGAAGACUGAGGAUGUAAAAUGUGUCACGGUGGCGCAAGUCCAACAAAUGCAGAAGCCCGGUGGUCCUCCAACUUCUCCAGGUGGCUCGGUGAUGGAUUUGUCAACCUCCAGCGUCACGUCGACGAGCCCUCAGGCGCCACCGUACGGUUCUAAUAGUCUUAGCCCUCAGUACGGAGGAGGUCAAACGGUAGGUGGCAGUCCUCAGGCAGCAGCAAGUCCCCACUUGACUGCGAGUCCUCAGGUUCCCAGCCCGCAAGGACAGACCCUCGAUCUCAGCGUAAACAGGCUUCACAGCGGCGCGCCAAGUCCACAGUAUCCAACCGGCCACGGAGAAGCUGUGGCGGUUCCCGUUGGACCUGGUUUCCCAGCGCCCAGACCAAUCGAGGAGCAAACCGAGCCCGUGGACUUCUCCACGGCAAACGAGCCGGUCAAUUUCAGCGGGGGGCCUGGAAUCAGGCCUGUGCCAGGCUUCCCGCCACCCGGUGUGCACGUCACGGCUUACAGUCGAGAAAGCACCCCCGACAGUGGGGGUUCCCACUACAUGGACGCCUACCGCGAUCCCACUGGUUACGGACCAAUGAGCCCGCACCCAGGCUAUGGAAUGACAGGCGUUCAACCGGAAUAUCCUGGGAACACGUACACCCCUUACCCCACUGCAGGCUACAAUUGCGGUGGAACUUAUCCCGGUGGUCCCGUGACUUCCGGUUACCAAAUCCCAGCUGGCUACACGCCGACACCCUGCUACAGUAUGCCACCUCCACAGCACACGGUCGGACCUCUCGAUAAACCCACGGGUAAAGACGAUAGUAUGAAUAUGAGGCGGCACUCUUUGAAUUUCGCGCCUCGGCCCGCCCCCCGUGGUCGCGAUGGCAAGGAGCUGAUACAGUGCCCCACGUCGUCCUGUGAUGGCAUGGGUCAUGUCUCGGGAAACUACGCUACCCACAGAAGCCUGUCCGGUUGUCCGCGAGCCGAUCGUUCCCAGAUCCAAGCACACUCUCAAGAACUGAAGUGUCCUACGCCGGGAUGCGACGGUUCAGGCCACGUAACCGGCAAUUAUUCAUCUCACAGAAGUUUGUCCGGUUGUCCACGUGCUAACAAACCGAAGAGCAAGCCUCGAGACGGACAAGACUCGGAACCAUUGAGAUGUCCAAUCCCCGGUUGCGACGGGUCUGGCCAUGCCACUGGCAAAUUCUUGUCGCAUCGCAGCGCAUCGGGCUGCCCCAUUGCGAACAGGAACAAGACGCGAGUAUUAGAAUCCGGAGGUACUAUGGAGCAGCACAAAGCAGCGGUUGCCGCAGCGACGGCGAUGAAGUUCGAAGGUGUAAAUUGUCCGACGCCGGGGUGUGACGGGAUCGGCCACAUAAACGGCUCCUUCUCCACUCACAGAUCUCUGUCAGGUUGUCCGAUAGCCGGGCACGCGGUGAAGAAGCCAAAGUUCGAGGACAUGUCGAGCAUGUACAGCAAAGGAAUCAACGGAGUGGACACCAGUGGUCCGGCUCACGGGGGUGCGGUGGGUUCGGGUCAGGGUAACACGAGUGGUAGCGGUACCGCCAGUGGCCAGAGCGAGGAUCUGUACACACUGGAGGCCGAGAUCACGGAGCUCCAGCGAGAGAACGCUCGGGUCGAAUCGCAGGUGCUGCGCUUGCGCUCCGAUAUCACCGCCAUGGAGAACCAGCUGAAGCAAGGUGAAAAGGAAACAACGACGAUUGCCCAGCGAAACAACAACCUGACCGAGUACUAUCAGUCGCUGCGUGACAACAUGAUCACGCUGUUGGAGCACGUGCGAAUACCGAACGCCCCGGGCGGACCGCAGGAGAAGAUGGGCCACGAGAAUUUCGACAGUUACCUGACGAAGCUGCAGACACUCUGCACCGCCGACGGUUACUGUGCAGACGAAACGAACAGGCCGAUAUACGAGACGGUGAAGACCGCGCUGCAGGAUUUCACGGUCCUACCGACACCCAUCUGA